CGUCACAAUCCACACCAGCGCGGCCCCUCCUGCGUCACGUGACGCCAGCGCCGGCUGAUGCUGCGAGCAGCCAGCGGACGCACCGGAGAGAGUGAGCGUCAGCCUGCCUGCGAGCCAAGCGCCCCGACACGUUUCUUUUUCCGUACUCCCGCUCGGAGGUCGGAGCGGUCACGGGCCCACCCACGACGCGGCCAAACAGCAGCUCGGCAUUCCGAAAAGGCAGUUCAUUAAAGCAGCCCCCGCGGCAGGUCUAGGAUGACCGGCAAGAGCCAGACCAGCAACGUGACCAACAAGAAUGACCCGCGCUCGCUCAACUCCCGCGUCUUCAUCGGCAACCUCAACACGGCGGUGGUGAGCAAGGCCGACAUCGAAGCCAUCUUCGCCAAGUACGGCAAGAUCGUCGGAUGCUCCGUGCACAAGGGCUUCGCCUUCGUCCAGUAUGCCAGCGAGAGGAACGCCCGAGCAGCCGUGGCGGGCGAGAACAACAGGGUCAUUGCGGGACAGUCGUUGGAUGUCAACAUGGCAGGAGAGCCUAAACCAUACCGGCCAAAAAUGGCCACCAAGAGACCGCUGUCAUCCCUCUACAGUGGCUACGAGUUUGACUACGACUACUACAGAGACGAUUUUUAUAGCAGACUGUUUGAGUACCACGGUCGCGUGGUGCCGCCCGCCCGGGCCGUCAUCCCGGUCAAACGCUCUCGGCUCGUCGUGCCGUCCGCCCCGCGCAGGAUCAAGUCCUCCUUCUCCGUCCGGGCCUGCUCUUCUUCAUCCUCUUGCUGCUCCUCCUCUUCCUCCCGGGUUGUCAACGUCCCGUCUUCUGUCACGGGACCCAAACUGAAGACGGAGCAAUUGCUGAGUAUCAAAAAGGAACUGUCGCAGAUCAAGACCAAGAUUGAUUCCCUGCUGGGGAGGCUGGACAAAUUUGAGAGACAGCAUGAGAUGCAGAGGAAACACGAGGAGGCGUGUGAAUGUCACCACGGCGACCAGGCCGACCACUCCGGCGGAGAGGACCUGGGGGCCGAGGCCGAGGCAGGGGAAAUGACGGACGGCGGCGACGAUUACUUUGAGGACGAGGGCGCCGGUGACAUGAGAGAGAACCACAUAUCAGAUAUUGACAACUGAGCAAGCUCAGUAUUAAAAGGACAAUAAGUGAAGUGAAGGGAAGGGAAGCCUGCGGUGCAUAAAGAUUGCAGAAGUUAACCAGCAAAGCCUCCGUCAGCCAGAAGGACUGUUUGAAAUAAAAGGUCAACAACAGAGGGAAUGAUUUGUUUGUUUCGUAUUUGUCUCAUAAGAUUGAAAAAACAAACAAACAAACAUUGACACUCCCCCAUGUGUUUGUCAUCCAGACUGCCGGUUUUGAGUGGGUAACCUGUAUAUGCUGUGUACGUCAGCCACUAUGGUCUGUAUUGUCUAUAAUUAUGUUGUACAGCAAAUGUAUGUUGAAAAUAUGAAUGUAAGAGGAAACCAUGUGCUUUGCUUGACUUGUACAGUCAUCUGGUCUCUCUCUUUCUGUCACAGUCUCCACCUUAUUCUGGCCUCUCGUUACAUUCUGUCAAAGAAAAGAUGAAUAUUUUUUACGAUCAGCAUGUAGUAACAAAAAAAGUGACUAUCAUGGAUCAUUUGUAUUCAUUGCUUUGGUUGUACAGCUAUGGUUAAAAAGAGUUUUUGGAAUAAAACAGUUCGUCCCA